AUGACUCUCGCUUCCAGCUCGCCGUCCAGUAUGGUGUCUUCAGUAUUUGCAUCGCACUUCAGCGACGAGGAUUUCCUUCGUCAAAACGCAGCCUAUGUCGUAGCAGGCAUUUGCGUCUUACUCGUGUCCAUCACCCAAUUCCUGAAGUCUAAGAAGCCAGCGGUUGAUGUGCCAUUGGAAUGUGCCUCUGGUGGUAUUAUUUCCCCUUACCAAGGUGCACAGGAGUUCCUUAAGAGCGGGAGGAGCAUCUUACUGGAUGCUUACAAGAAGUAUGGUCGUGGAACAUUCCAAAUACCUGAGACGAGCUGGUAUACUGUGGUUAUACAACGGCCCGAUAUUAUUGAACAGGUCAGGAGAGCCCCUGAUGACAAGAUGUCUUUUGAAGAGGCGAACGCUGAGGAAUUUCCUAAGACCUUUGCGCUUCAUCUUGUUUUUGGAGGACCACCAGGAAACGUGCCUGUCGUCACCCAUGUCGUGCAAAACCGUUUGACCCGGGCUCUUGCCACAGUUUUCGAUGAUGUCCUAGACGAAAUCUCAGUUGCAUUUCGUGACAAUGUCCCGGCGACCACUAAAGAUUGGGUGGCUGUAGAUGGGAUGAGUGUCAUGAGGAACGUCGUAUGCAGAACAAGCAACAGAAUUUUCGUCGGCGCUCCUCUCUGCAGGAAUGCAGACUAUAUUGAUCUGAACAUUAAUUUAACAAUUGACAUUGCGAUGACCGUGGAUAAGAUCAACAAGGCCGCAAGGCCCUUCCGUCCGAUUGUUGCGAAAAUCCACGGCCCGAUGCCGAAGGCCCUCGCUCGUGGGAUGAGACACCUUCGUCCAAUACUGGAAGAGAGAUUCAGAAUGUACGAUCAAUACGGUGAAAAUUGGUCUGGGAAGCCGGACGACAUGAUUACCUGGGUCAUCGAAGAACUACCGAAGAAUAUGAACCGCAAUGUGACAGAGAUUACCCGGAUACUGCUUGGUAUUAAUUUUGCGGCAAUUCACACGUCCUCUAAUAGUUUCACUCACGCCCUAUACCAUCUUGCUGCUGAGCCGAAAUACGCUAAACCUCUGCGUGAAGAGGUUCAGAAAGUAAUUGCCGAAGAAGGAUGGACAAAACUCGCGAUGACGAAAAUGUGGCAACUUGACAGCUUCAUGAAGGAAAGUCAACGCUUCAACGGAGUGGGACUUAUGUCGUUACAGCGGAAAGUCAUGUCCGACUCAGGCUUCACAUUGUCGGACGGCACGUUUUUACCCAAGGGAACGCUACUUGCCGCAAAUGCGGAAGGUUUGCAUCGCGACAACUCGAUCUACCCGGACGCAGACAAAUUCGAUGGAUUCCGAUUCUCAAGGAUUCGCAAUGAAAGUGAGGGAGAUCAUGUCAAGCAUCAAAUGGUGAACACAAAUGCAGAAUACUUGGCUUUCGGGCAUGGCCGCCAUGCCUGCCCUGGAAGAUUCUUCGCUGUCAAUGAGUUGAAGGCAAUGAUGGCAUUUAUCGUUCUGAACUAUGACGUGAAGUUUGAGAAUGACGGCGCUCGGCCAGAUAAUAUGUACUUUGGGAAGAAUGUGAUACCUAACCCGAUGGCCAAGGUGCUGAUUAGGAAGCGUGUAGAUGUCUAG